AGUAUUCUUCUGUGUGUCGUGCAAGCUUUAGCUUAUUUCGAAGUACAUCACCCGGUUUGCGUAAGACCAAAAUGGCGUUCAAAGGCGGUAAAGGAAAGAAGCGUUCUCGUUCUGCGAAGUCCGCAGAGGCCCGCGCCAAGACGAAGGCGGUCGUCGCAGAGGCACCGCAGCCUGUAGCCGAAGAAGCCGCGGACGUCGAGGACGCUGCGCAGGUGCUGGAGAACCGCGAGGAGGAGAUGGUGGGCAGCAUCGGGGUGGUGCGUGCGCAAACCGCAAAGAAGAUGACGAACCGGCAGAAGAUGCUUGUGCUAGGUGCGCGCAACAUGAGCAGCAAGGACCGCCACCUGCUGCUGGACCUGCGGGGGCUGAUGCCGCACUCGCGGGAGCACGCGAAGAUGGGCCGCUCCAACACGUUGGGCGAUGACCUCAUUGAGCUGUGCAGCCUGCACCAGUGCAACAGCGUCCUCUUUAUGGAGCCGCACCGCAAUGAUGUGAGCUACAUGUGGAUUGGACAGGCUCCCAGUGGCCCUAGUAUCAAGCUGCAGGUAAACAACGUGCACACCGCCGACGAGAUCCGCAUGGCCGGCAAUUGCCUCAAGUACAGCCGCCCUCUUCUUCAUUUUGACCGCGACUUUGAGCUGCAGCCGCACCUGCGCGUGGCGAAGUCGCUGCUGCACAUGGCCUUCAAUACGCCUCGCUACCAUCCCAAGUCGAAGCCCUUUGUCGACCGUAUCGUGUCCUUUCUCUGGCUGGACAACCACAUCUGGGUGCGAAACUACCAAAUUGUGCCGACGAGCCCGCCGUCGCUGAUGGAGAUCGGCCCGCGUUUCACCUUGGAGCCGGUGGCCAUCUUCAACGGCUGCUGUAAAGGGAGUGUGCUGUGGAAGAGCAGUACAGCUAAGCCGCCGACCGAGCAGCGCCGCGACCGCAAAAUGCGCCGUUUGGAGAAGCAGGAGGCGAACGAGGUCAUUAAAGAGAAGUCUGACAAGCACAGGGCGCUCCACCCUGCUCCGAGCGCCGAUCCGCUCGACCUCGUCUUCCGCGAUUAG